AAAUGUUGGAUUGGAGACAGUUAGGGAGGGUAAAAUAGUCAAACUGUGUUCAGACUUCAGACGAUCAGUAAUAGUAGAUCCGCCUAUCGCCGAUCGCUCAGACUCCGUUGUGUAUUGUUAGUAGAUCCUCUGCUUCCAAAAAUCAGUCACGAGACCAGUCUUUUCCAUGGCAACAAUUUCUGCAACCGGUUCGCACAGAGAGCCCGUGACUCACGUCAUCUUCGACAUGGACGGUCUCUUGCUUGAUACAGAGAAAUUCUACACUGAAGUCCAGGAAAUCAUACUUUCUAGGUACAAUAAAACUUUUGACUGGUCUCUCAAGGCAAAAAUGAUGGGAAAAAAAGCAAUAGAAUCUGCUCGAAUCUUUGUUGAAGAGACCGGACUCAGUGACUCCCUGUCGGCUGAGGACUUUCUUGUAGAGAGGGAGGAGAUGUUGCAGAAACUGUUUCCGUCAAGUGAGCUCAUGCCAGGGGCUAGCCGUUUAAUUAGACAUCUCCAUGCAAAAGGGAUACCAAUUUGUGUGGCUACAGGUUCUCACAUGCGACAUUUUGUCUUGAAAACUCAGAGACAUGGUGAGCUUUUCUCCUUGAUGCAUCAUGUUGUUAAGGGUGAUGAUCCAGAAGUUAAACAGGGAAAACCAUCACCUGAUAUAUUCCUUGCAGCCGCCAAGAGAUUUGAGGGUGGCCCAAUGGAUUCAUGUAAGUGCCUUGUGUUUGAAGAUGCACCCGCUGGAGUCCUUGCAGCCAAGAAUGCUGGGAUGUCUGUAGUUAUGGUUCCAGAUCCACGCUUGGAUAUAUCUUAUCACACCUCUGCAGACCAAGUCUUGAGCUCCUUAUUGGACUUCAACCCUACAGAAUGGGGUUUGCCUCCAUUUGACGACGCCAAAAGUUAAAUCUGCAGAUGUUUUUAACAUUAUUUUCUGGCUGAAAGCAAAGAAUUGCCGAGUCUAUUACUUAUCAAUUGGUGAAAACCAUAAUCACGCCUUCAUUCUUCGCCUUCAGGGCCGAAAGAUAAUCUUUAUGUUUUCUUAUUAUGGUUUGGUCACAUACUUAUUAUUGGAAGAUGACAUUUAAAUAUGAUUUAGACUUCUAGUACUGCAAUUCAGAAC